UGAAUCUCUAGACCAUACAGUAGGAUUAGGUCUUUACCAAUGGAAUCCCCGAUAAUCGUCAGGAUGAUCCUGCUUAAGACUGCAAUGGCUUUGCUACUCGUCUCGUCUCCCGUCGCCGCUCAGGAAAUCGAACUCGUCAAGGAGGUAUGUGGGAAGACCUCGGUGCGGUACGAUGACUGUACGGAGGCGCUGUACGACUUCCAGACGGUGACAACUAAGGACCUCCGGGCCCUCACCAUGCUGACCCUAAACUUGGCCAUGGCCAACUCCUCAGAGGCAAUGGGCUUUGUCAGCGGCAUGGUCGAGAACUCGCCACCAGCGAUGAAGCCUGUGCUGGACUCGUGCUUCGGCUUCUUAUACGGCUCCUACUUCAGUUUCCACUCGGCCAUCCUCGACAUCAACAUGGGGGGUAAGUCGACUGCCGCCUCGCUUAUCACCAAUGCCCUGGCCGGGCCUGCUGACUGCCGGACGGCAAUGGAGCUAGCCAAAGUCAGCAUUCCGGCGGUCCAAACCCGAUGCAAUAACGUGGAGUUCUUUGGCAAAAUCUCCUACACUGCUACUUCAAUGCUCACCAAAACGGGCAGUUGAUUUAUAUAUAUAUCUAUACCGCUAUAAAGUAAGAAGGGAUUAUAUAAGAUUCAAUCUCAACUUGCCAACGUUAUCCUACCAAUGUAAUUGCACUCAUUCUGCACCUUUAAGGUGGAAGAUUAAAGUUUACCAUGAAUUCUCGAACAUG